AUGACGGGCGGAGUGAGGUGGUCUGGAUGCGGUGCAGGUGAAGAUUGGACACUUCGAUGCAGACACUACGUCGGACAGUGGAGGAAAGUUCUUUCGGACCUAGAACGAGUAAAGCGAGGUGUGUUUGGUGUUGAUCCAGAUAAAGUGAAGUCAGUGUCAGUGAUGGAGGGAGAUUCUGUCACUUUACACACUGAUGAUACUGAAAUACUGAGAGAUGAUGAUGUUUUACAGUGGAUGUUUGGAGCUCAGAAUCCAGAUACUGUUAUAGCAGAAAUCAACAGAGAAGCAAAUAUAACCUCAAUAAUGGACGAACAGUUGAGAUUCAGACUGCAGCUGAACGAUCAGACUGGAGAUCUCACCAUCACAAACAUCACAACCGCACACACUGGACUUUAUAAAGUACAGAUCAGCAGAAACACAAUAUCAUUUAAUAUAUUCAAUGUGACUGUUUAUGCUCGUCUGCCGGUUCCUGUGAUCAUCAGAGACUCUUCUCAAUGUUCUUCAAGCUCUAAAUGUGUGUUGGUGUGUUCAGUGGUGAAUGUGACACAGGUGACUCUCUCCUGGUACAAAGGAAACAGUUUAUUGUCCUCCAUCAGUGUGUCUGAUCUCAACAGAAGUCUCUCUCUACAUCUGGAGUGUGUCGAUGAUUCUUACAGCUGUGUGAUCAACAAUCCCAUCAGAAACCAGACUAAACAUCUCAACAUUACUGAAGUCUGUCAGCCGUGUUCAGGUGAUUGGGUUCACUGUUGUGCUUUUACUGAAGCUGUGAUCCGAUUGGUCCUUUCUGCUCUGGUGGGCGUGGCUUCUGUUGCUGUACUAGUUUAUGACAUCACAUCCAGAAGAGAAGUGACAUCACCAUCAUGAAGUGAAAUGAAGUAAUUCAACAGAUAUUCUAAAACAAGAAUAAACAGUCGAUAAAUUGUCCUGUCUAUUUCAUAAUGACAUUUUCUUGUUUCAAACUAUUAUAAAUGUAUUUAUAUAGUUUCAUGUACGGAACAUAUAUAUGUGUAUAAUUACAAUGGUGCAUUAGAUAUUUUAAAGCUACAUUUCUGUACAAUAAAUUUGGAAAACAUAAAUUAAAUUCAGAUGCUCUUGUAAAACUUCAUUCAAAAGAUGCAAAACCUGUUGAAAUGUUAAUAAAUUACAUAAUAAAUAAAUAAAUACAG